AGGGUCCAACUUGGGUUUGAGGGGACAAAGAGGUUCCGACUCAACCAAAGCCCAGAGAUGCACACACCCUACUUUUCCAAUUUCCAGCCCAUUCCUUGCAAGUCCUCUUAGUUACGGACGCGCCUUGCGCGCUAGCCACGCCACUGACGGCGGCUGGAGGCCAAAUUCUUCCACGUCACACAGAGGAAGGAGCCGAUGCUGAGUGGGCGAUUGGUGCGGUGCCUGGUCUCCAUGGCCGGUCGCGUCUAUCUGUCCCAGGGCAGCGCGGGAUCUGGGACCGUUGGUCCGGUGGAGGCUGCCAUUCGCGCGAAGCUGGAGCAAGCGUUGAACCCAGAGUUACUGGAGCUGCGCAACGAGAGCGGCGGCCACGCUGUCCCACCGGGCAGCGAGACGCAUUUCCGCGUGGCGGUGGUGAGCUCGCGCUUCGAGGGACUGAGCCCCCUGCAACGGCACCGAUUGGUCCACGCCGCUCUGUCGGAGGAGCUAGCCGGUCCGGUCCACGCGCUGGCUAUCCAGGCGCGGACCCCUGCCCAGUGGAGGGAAAACCCUCAACUGGACACGAGCCCCCCUUGCCUGGGUGGGAGCAAGAAAACUAGAGGAACCUCCUGAACCCCAGCGGAGGGGGAAGACCAGGAUUUGAAUGGGUUGGGUGAGAAUAAAUUACUGGAGCCUUCUUCCCUUUAGUAUAGUCCCGGACUUCUUAAGAGGUGACUUCUAGGUUCCAUUCUACUGGCACAUAUUCUCCGGAGGUAGCAGCUCAUUUCAGGCCAAAGCUAACCUAAGGAAAGGGCAGAAUCACUUACUACUGCUGUUGACCUGGACUUUUAAGGAAAGGCUGCCCAGUUGUUCCGUGUUUGUGACUAAGGGACCUGAUGAGUUGGAAACAAUCCUGUACAUUAAAAUAGCAUCUAUUAUAUAAGGUGCAUUUGCUGUGUCCUUAAUGGCCUGUUGAAUCAGUGCCAGACAUGUUCUUGGGAGAAAAGGAUGUAGGUAGACUAGGCACUCAGGAAGGGUUUCAUGAGGCCAGUGACCUUUCUUAACUCUUGACAAGAAAGCUCAGAACUAAACCAGAAAGGAGGGGAAAUGGUGUUGCAGGCAAGGGGAAGAGCCCAAGCUGAGCAAAGGCAUAGAAGCUGGACUGGGCAUUGAGUCAUUUGGACAAGGCAGGGGUUAUAGAUACUUUUAGACUCUAUACUGGGGGGAUUUUUGACUUUUUAACAGCCUGUCCAUUUCCAAAAAGGAUUUGCAUUUGUUUACAAUAAACACCUUAAAAAAACAACA